GCACUGCACUGGGCUCGCAGCGCAUCUGCCUGGCUGGCGGGCGGGCGCCAGACUAACUAGCCCGCCACCACUGCACCUCACGCAGCUCUCCCGGGGCAGGACAGCAGCACCACCACCACCUCCUCCACCACCACACGGCGGGCAGCAACCACCACGCCACACCACCUCGACCCGUCUCGUCGCCCGACCUCCCUCUUCCCCGUUCCCACAACCUCCCCCCUCGACUUCGAUUUGACCGGCCGACGACUACGCUCAUACCCUCGACCGGCCGGCCCCUUUGGCCCUUUGCGAACCCAGCAUCUCGCUCGCCAACCCCGCGACAAUUCAACGACGACACAACGCACGCCUCUUGAUACGCCCUCACCGCUGACUGCCCCGCCCUCUCCCGUUCCCCUAUCCAGGCGGCCCCUGGGACCUUGUCAGGCCGCCCGCCCCUACAGGCGAUCUCGCUCGAAACGUCUCGGCGUCCACUUCCCGGCGACACCUUUGCGCGGUUGCUCGCCGCUUCAACAACAACUCGCGCCCGCUGGCAUUUCGCAAUCGAAGGAUUCCGUGGCCUGUCCCGUGCUUCGACGACGUUUCCUCCGCCGCCGUCAUUUCCCCGGCAAGGCCCGCAGACCAGCCUCUCUCUCUCUCCCCCCUCCCCCGGACGUCCGCGCAGCCUUGAAUGUCACUCCGUAAGGGCCGACCAGUUGCCAUAAUCGCCCGAGAAUAUCAUACAGCUCGUGCGUUUAUCGCCGUUUGAUGCAAAAUGGCGCAAAAUAGGUGAGUCGCUUGGCCACAGUCCCCUUUGUACCGCAAGUUCGAACCGGCAUGCGACGAGCCCCGGUCCGGGCGGGCUUAUUGCCAAACGUCUGGGAUAGCACACUGCGCCCCUAUCACUAUGCCGUCACCGUUCCUUCGCCCCAUCACGACUCCCACGCUGCUCUGGCUCCGGCAUCUCCUGCCACUCACUGGAGACGUGGGCUGCGUCACAGCUUGUCGGACCUGCUGGGGCCUUGACUUCAUGAUUCAGAAGAGCCGGCCUUCGACCGAUCCAUGGGUCCCCGACUCUCGUACGAAACACCAGUCCUGGCGGCCAGAAAGCUAACCGGGUUGCAGCAUUUAUUCAUCCGGGCAGUUUAUGAACCCUGGCCCGGCCCCCCGACCACCUGCCGACAAUAGACCGCGAUUGAAUUUGACCCCGAGCACAAACCUCCCCGGGAGCAUGGCCAACAUGGCCAUCUCCCCGAUUCGUGGCACCGCCACCUCGACCUACUCGGGCUCCACCAUCUCCCUGCCCAUCGCCCGCCAGCAGUCCAACAACAUGGAUGGCAUGGGCGGCGUCGCCGUCAAGAAGGAAGGCUGGGCGUCGGUCAAGGAAAGCAAAAACUUUAUUCAGCCGUGGAAACAAAAGUACCUGGUUCUUCGCAAAGAAUCCCUCGACUUCCACAAGACUGAGGGCGGCAAGGUCGCCUAUACCCUGUACCUCAAGGACGUCGUCAACGUGGGCAGAGUUGAACAAGCAGGCACCAUUUUCGAGGUGAAGAGGAAGGCCGACGGCGCCUCGAGCAGCCCCGGCGAUGACGACGGCCAGACCAAGACGCUGCAGAUCAAGGUCAAAAGCGACGACGACUUGUACGAGUGGAUCGAUUUCAUCUACGGCGCAUGUCCGGGCAUGGGGGGCGUUAGCAACCCGACCAACUUCUCCCAUGCCGUCCACGUCGGCUUCGAUCCCUCGAGCGGAGAGUUCAUCGGUCUGCCCCCGGAAUGGUCAAAGCUCCUCAACUCGUCUGCCAUCACCAAGGAGGACUAUGAGCGCAACCCUCAGGCCGUCUUCGAAGUCCUCGACUUUUACACAGACCUCGCCAAGAGGGCCGAAAACCCGAAUCAGUACUCGAGCCUCACCCCCACGCCUCCCGCCACGUCCCAGAACAAGCAGCUGGGCUACGCGGCCGGCAGCUCCAUUGCGCCCCCGCGCCCGGCGCCGCCUACGCCCGCCCAGCGCGGGCCUGGCUACUCGACGACUCCGCCUGGCUCCAGCGGCGCCUCACAGAGGCGGCCGACCGUUGGAGAGCACCAGCAGCCACGGCAGCAGAUGCAGGGCAUGCCACCCAACUACGCGUCUCAGGAUGCCGCUAGAGACGAGCAGCGGAGGAGGCAGUUGGAGGCACAGAGGCAACGGGAUGAGCAGGACCGCCGAGAGCUGGAAGAGUACAAUGCCUCGCUGCCAAAAACCAAGGUGCCUCUUGCCCAGCAGGAGAUUGGUGGCGGCUACGGCGGUGGCGGCGGCGGCGGCGGCGGCUCGCUGCCGCAGUCGAACAGCGCCGAGAGGUUCAACCCCACGCGGGCAGCUCCGCCGGCGCCCAAGCCAAACGGCGGGCAGUCCAACGGCCUAAGGGCUCAGAGGCCUGCUCCGCCAGCUCCUGGGUCGGCGUCUCCCAGCCGGCUCCCGCAAAGCUCCCGCGACCCGUCAGCCCAAGCCCAACGGACACCCCGGACGGACAACUCGCCGGGCCCCAACGCCAGGUACCAGAAUGGAAGCCAGGCAUCCCAGCCGCGGCAGCCACAACCGCAGGCUCAGGGCUCUCGUCUCCCCGCGCCCGUCAAGCCUCUCAACGUGGCACCCAAAACGGGCCAGGCUCAACCGGCUGACGGCGUCAAGGCGGCGGAGGCGGCCCUCACGGCGAAGCCAGCGCCGUCGGAGCGCAAGCAGGACGUGCGCAUGUCCACCAUGUCGGAGAAUGAGGUGAUGGCGAAGCUGAAGGAGGCCGUGUCCAAAGACGACCCCAACAUGUCGUACUCGAAGCAGAAGAAGAUUGGCCAGGGAGCCUCCGGGUCCGUAUACGUGGCCAAGAUCAAGGACACGGCCCAGGGCAUCGCCCGUGAGAUUCUGCGCCAGCAGGGCAGCCGCGCGCAGGUUGCCAUUAAGCAGAUGGACCUCGCUCAUCAGCCGAGGAAGGAACUAAUCGUCAACGAAAUCAUGGUCAUGAAAGACAGCAGGCAUCGAAACAUUGUCAACUUUCUCGACGCCUUCUUGCGUAAUAAUAAUGCAGAGCUCUGGGUCGUCAUGGAGUACAUGGAGGGUGGCGCCCUGACGGACGUGAUUGACAACAAUCCGUCCAUUUCGGAGGAGCAGAUUUCUACUAUCUGCCACGAGACGUGCCGAGGACUGCAGCACCUGCACUCCCAGAGCAUCAUCCACCGAGACAUCAAGAGCGACAACGUCCUGUUGGACGCACGCGGUAACGUAAAGAUUACCGAUUUCGGAUUCUGCGCCAAGCUCACCGAGACCAAGUCGAAGCGAGCCACUAUGGUUGGCACUCCUUACUGGAUGGCGCCCGAGGUGGUGAAGCAGAAGGAAUAUGGGCCCAAGGUGGACAUUUGGUCCCUGGGCAUCAUGGCGAUUGAGAUGAUCGAGUCGGAGCCGCCGUACCUAAACGAGGAGCCGCUCAAGGCCCUGUACCUGAUCGCCACCAACGGCACCCCGAGGCUGAAGAAGCCCGAGAAGCUGAGCAAGGAGCUCAAGGCCUUCCUCUCCGUAUGCCUGUGCGUCGACGUCAAGAGUCGAGCCUCGGCGGAUGAGCUUUUGGCGCACGACUUCCUCAGGCACGGCUGCCCACUCGGCAGUCUGGCGGAUCUGCUGGCAUUCAAGAAGCACGCAAAAUAAAGAGGCUCGGUCACGGGGCCCGCCAUGCCAUUCACAUUCAGCCCUUAUACCCGCAAAUUAUGCCGAACACUGGGGGAGGGACGUGGUUCGGCAAGGACGAAGGAUGUCUGUUCAUGCCGAUAGCAUGGACGACGACGACGACGAGGACAGAGCGGCGUUUAGGUUUGGGGGUAUUUCCGCGUCCAUGAUGCAAGCGUCUGAGUAGCAAACGCCAAGUUGCGCGUCUGCGAAGAGUUGCGGGGUUGACAAGGAAGGCCGUGGCAUAGGCGCCGGCGGCUGGUGGCCAUAUGUGUGUCCACAGACGCAUAUCCGCUCUUUGGGUCGCCACGACGAGGGGGGCCACAGGUUUCGCGCCAGCCCUGCAUUGAGUAGCAGCGGAGGGAGACGCGCGUUGGAACCGGGCGCCUUGGGGUCAAUUCAUUUUGGUUUCUCCUUUGCAGAUAUACAGGGCUCGAUAGACGACCAAUAGCACAGGGACUACCACUGGAAGCAAGCAAACUGACUGACGGGCCGCGUGAGGACGGCUGACGGCAGGCACACACGCUCAUGCCCCUCUUCGAUGUAGAACUAGUCGCAGUCCAUGUCAUGCCAAGCGCGCGGUGUCGAACCGAGCUGGUGAGACGCGGCCCGCCAAGGGCCGGGGGCGUCAGUCACGUCGGCCGCGUUUCAGGAUGAUGGCGCAUUUGGCGGGCAGCAGAAGCUCCGCGAUGGACAAGAGGGGCAGCCAUGCGUACACGUACUUAAAUAGUACGUAUUCGGCCAGGACGGGGGCGCGCACGUUUGGGGACGGGCACACGUUUGGGAGAGUUGUGUAACUAUAGGAGCUCCGAGACGCGCUGCGGCCACCGGACAAGGGGACGGCGGCGGGCAAUGCCGUUGCAAGCGUUCAGGC